CUCUCAUCCUCUGGAACUCUCUCUCCCCCCCCCCCCCUCUCCCUCGCUUCUCUAAUUUCACGUCCUUGAUUCCCUUCGCCGUAGCAUUGAAUUACUAUUAUUGUUAUGGCUCAGAGAACUGAAAAGGAAGAGACCGAUUUCAAGGUGCCUGAAACCAUAAUCCCCUGCGUCAACAACUGCGGCUUCACCGGCAACCCGGCCACCAACAACAUGUGCCAGAAGUGCUUUAACGCCACCACCUCCGCAGCUUCCUCUUCCUCUUCCUCUUCCACGUCCGCAGCCGCCGGAGUUUCGGCGCCUUCUAUAUUUGCCGACGACAAGUCUUCUAGAUCUACCGCGUCUCGCUCUCCCAAGAGAUCCUAUCCUUCCGAUGACUCUGCUCAAACGCCGGAUCGGUUGAAGACAGACAAGGGAACGCCGUCUGAAGCGAAGCGGGUUGUGAAUCGGUGCUCCGGCUGCCGGAGGAAGGUCGGGUUGACGGGGUUCCGGUGCCGGUGCGGGGAGCUGUUCUGCGCUGAGCAUAGGUACUCCGAUCGUCACGAUUGCAGCUACGACUACAAAGCCGCUGGACGCGAGGCGAUCGCAAGGGAGAAUCCGGUGGUCAAGGCAGCGAAGAUCGUGAAAGUUUGAAAACCAGGAAAGAAAAAUUGUCUCGAAGGGAUUAUUGAACGAACAAGACCAAGAUCCGUUUCUAAGCGAUCGAGUUUUGGUCCUCCAAUCUCUCUUGCUCAGAGAUUUUAGAAAAUUGUUUGGCAGAAAAAAGUUUGUACGUGUGUGCGACAGGGAAAUUGUAACCAAGAUGAAUUAAUUCUGUGAUCCAGUUUCCAAUCAGACUUUGAUUUUUUAAAUGUUUUUAUAUUUUUCUUCUUGGCUUGGAAAUGAUAGAUUAUUGUGAUUUACGA